UGUAGUGCGUUGAUUUCAUACCAAAGUCAUACUUAACAUUCCACUUAUACUGUCAAACCUCUGACAAAUAUUACGGAAAACAACAAGGCGCCAAAUUAUAACAAAGUUACUAAAAAGCGCAAGUGGCUUCACUGGGAAGAAUAGGGAGAGUGCGUAAUAAAAAAAAAAAAAGUUCCAAGCUGAAUCCAACACUUCCAGACGCGAGGAUCUCAGCAGUUAUUCCAAGGAGACGCAGACACCAUUUGGAGGAAUAACUUGGGACUGGUUUGGACCUCUGCAUCCAGAAGAUUUCCCUGCUGAUCCUUUGAUCUUGGGGCUCAGGGUCGGGCCCAGGGGGAGCCGCCACCAUUGCGUCCAACGAGUGGAGUGCGAACGGUAGCCCAGAAGAUGGGCUGGACGGGGAAAAUGAGGACAAGACCAUGGAUGGAGACGCAGAGGGCGUUUGGAGCCCAGAUAUCGAGCAGAGUUUUCAGGAGGCCCUUGCAAUCUACCCUCCCUGUGGCAGAAGGAAAAUUAUCCUGUCAGAUGAGGGCAAAAUGUAUGGUCGCAAUGAGUUGAUAGCAAGGUACAUCAAGCUGAGGACAGGCAAAACCCGCACAAGAAAGCAGGUGUCUAGUCACAUACAGGUGUUAGCACGGAAGAAAGUUCGUGAAUACCAGGCGGGUAUAAAGGUUUCUAGCCACUUGCAGGUUCUCGCCCGGAGAAAAUCUCGCGAGAUCCAGUCAAAGCUAAAGGCGAUGAAUUUGGAUCAAGCUUCCAAAGACAAAGCCCUUCAGAACAUGGCUGCCCUGUCAUCUGCACAGAUUGUUUCACCAAGUAUGAUAAAGAAUCACCUUCCUCCUCUGUCUCCUGCCCCAUACCAACCACCGCGAUUCUGGACAGCUCAAAUCCCAGUACAGCCAGGACCAUCUCAGGAGAUGAUUCUAGAUGUCAACCCGGGAAGGACUCCUGGGCCCAUCUGCACCAGCCAUGUCAUUAAACCUUUUGUACAGCCCCCAUACUCAACCCUACCAGGACCUGUACAACAGCCCAUACCAUCCUAUGAGCCCUUGGCGCCCCCUCCUGCACCAUCAGCGACUGCAGUUCCAGUGUGGCAAGAUCGGACAAUCGCUUCAUCUAAACUGCGAAUGCUGGAGUACUCAGCCUUCAUGGAGGUGCCGAGAGACAUGGACAACUACAGCAAGCACCUGUUCGUCCACAUUGGACAGACAAAUCCCUCCUACAGUGACCCACUGCUUGAGGCUGUGGAAAUCCGACAGAUCUACGACAAGUUCCCCGAAAAAAAAGGCGGACUCAAAGAACUUUACGAGAAAGGACCUCAGAAUGCUUUCUUCCUCGUCAAGUUCUGGGCUGACCUGAACAGCGGCGGGAUGCUGGAUGAGCCGGGUUCAUUCUACGGUGUAAGCAGCCAGUACAGCAGCAUGGAGAACAUGACUAUAACAGUUUCAACUAAAGUCUGCUCAUUCGGCAAACAGGUGGUAGAGAAAGUUGAGACAGAGUACGCCCGCAUGGAGGGGGGGAAGUAUGUUUACAGGAUCCACCGCUCUCCUAUGUGUGAAUACAUGAUCAACUUUAUCCACAAACUCAAACACUUACCUGAAAAGUACAUGAUGAAUAGCGUUCUUGAAAACUUCACUAUCCUACAGGUGGUGACGAACCGUGACACCCAGGAGACCCUGCUCUGUAUAGCGUUUGUUUUUGAGGUUUCCAAUAGUGAACAUGGAGCGCAGUAUCAUGUCUACAGACUUGUAAAAGACUAACAGCUCGUAAAGAUGGUUCCGGAAAAAACAGACUCAGCGCGACGCAAUCUCUCUACAACCACCUCAACCUUCCAGGAAAAAAAAAUAAAAGACCACAGAAACCUUCAAAAAUGCGACAAAAGACUAACAUGGACACAGUUUAUGC